GGCUAAUGUUUACUGUUGUUGUAUGUAAUUCAAUGCUGUGAGAAACACGUGAUAAAAUGCGCCAUGCUUCUUCUUUUAUUCUUUUUCAUGACAAGAAAAGAGUAAGUAGUACUACAGCCUCUCUCUGUGAAAAUUUCACAAUGAAAUCAAUCGUCAUUCCAUUUUGUUUUACUGCAUCGUUAAUAGGCUAGUAUAAAAGUUUGUAAAACUUUUGAUAGAACUUAUAAAGUGUGCAGUAUAUUAAUUCAUUUUUAUUGAAAUCUAUCUACAGUGCCAAAGCCUCACCUUUUCAAUGGAACCAUUUCUGGAUGCCUUUUUCGCCAUUGAUGUUGACCACACUGAUAGGAUAACCACAAGAGAUUUAAGGAAAUAUGUGGAAAAGAAUAAUUUAGACGAGAAAAUGGUUGAACGUUGGCAAAAAUUGUUCGACCCAUAUGAUACUGGUUACAUCACACUGGAAGCGUAUUGUGAAGCUUUUGGUAUAGAAAAGAAACAAGCUUAUAAAAUCAGAGGUGAACGUGAGAAAGCUUCAAAGGAUAAAUUAGGAUCUGAUGUUCAUGUGAUUUCACAACAAAUGACUAUCGAUGAUCAAAUUCGUAUUAGUAAUCAAGCUCGACAAUUGUUAAAUGAACCAGAUGAACUUGGAGAAAAAGAAAUAGCGCACAGCUUGAAAUUAUGGCUGCAUAAAAAUUAUGGUCCAACAUGGCAUGUUGUUGUACUACGUGGAGCUUAUGGUUUAUCAUAUACACAUAUUGAGAAUCGAUCGUUUCAGUUUCAGCUACGGGAUAAGUGUUUUCUAAUCUGGGGUACACCUGGUGAAUUUCAGUUUUGAAUUAACUGACCAUUGGCUGUUGUUGUUGUUGUCUUUGUUGCUGUUGGGAUGGUGAUGAUGGAGAGAAGGAGAAUGAAAAGUUUAUUUAAUUGCAUAAUUUUACAUUAAUUAAAAAAUAUGAAUAAUUACAUUUUACUUAAAUAGUGUUUUUUAUGUGCUCAGAAACUUACAUUGUACUACUCACAAUUUAGAGAUGCAGAAAUCUACAUCCCAAAUUUAUAUUCGAAUGUCUUACUAAAGUUGCACUUUAGGGGCGAAUAUUAACCAAGCAGACAAACUGCCAACUAUUAACCUUCUUUGUUAUAUUCGCUUAAUUUCUCGUAAUCUUAAAAUAAACAUGUUUUCUCAGUAUCGUGC